GAGCUCCUGCGACAGUGCCGUAAAGAGUCGGUCGGUCGGCGCGGCAGCAUGGGGCUGUACACGGCGGCGGCGGCGGUGCUGGCGGGCGUGGAGAGCCGCCAGGGCUCGCUCAAGGCGCUGGUGUAUUCCAGCAGCUUCCAGAACGUGAAGCCGCUGUACGCGCUGGUGUGCGAGACGCAGCGCUACUCGGCCGUGCUGGACGCCGUGAUCGCCAACGCCGGGCUCCUUCGCGCCGAGAAGAAGCUGCGGCCGCACCUGGCCAAGGUGCUAGUGUAUGAAUUGUUGCUAGGGAAGGGUUUUCGAGGGGGUGGUGGUCGAUGGAAGACCCUGCUUGGCCGGCACCAGGCGAGACUCAAGGCUGAGUUGGCCCGGCUCAAGGUUCAUCGGGGUGUGAGUCGAAAUGAGGACCUGUUGGAAGAGAGAGCCAGACCUGGCCAAGCCUACCAGGUGCCUCGGUUUGUGCGUGUGAACACGCUCAAGACCUGCCCUGAGGAUGCAAUCGAUUACUUCAAGAGACAAGGUUUCUCCUACCAGGGUCGGGCUUCCAGCCUGGAGGACUUGCGAACCCUCAAGGGGCAACAUUUCCUUUUGGACCCCUUGUUGCCUGAGCUUCUGGUGUUCCCUGCACAGACAGAUCUGCAUGAACACCCGCUGUACCGCGCUGGCCAUCUCAUCCUGCAGGACAAGGCCAGCUGCCUCCCAGCCAUGCUGCUGUCUCCCCCACCAGGUUCCCAUGUCAUUGAUGCCUGUGCUGCCCCUGGCAACAAGACCAGUUACAUUGCCGCGCUUCUGAAGAACCAGGGGAAGAUCUUUGCUUUCGACCAGGAUGCUAAGCGACUAGCAGCCAUGGCUACCCUGCUGGCUCGAGCUGGGGUCUCUUGCUGCGAGUUAGCAGAAGAGGACUUCCUGGCAGUCUCUCCCUCCGACCAGCGGUACAGCCGGGUCCAGUACAUCUUGCUGGACCCUUCUUGUAGUGGCUCUGGUAUGCUGAGCCGGCAGCUGGAGGAGCAUGGGGGAGGCACACCCAGCAAGGAGCGCCUGCAGGCCCUGGCAGGCUUCCAGCAACGGGCUCUGUGCCAUGCACUGAGCUUCCCCUCUCUGCAACGCCUGGUCUACUCCACGUGUUCCCUUUGCCAAGAAGAGAAUGAAGACGUGGUCCAAGAAGCUCUACAGCAGAGCUCGGGGGUCUUCAGAUUGGCUCCAGUCCUACCCACGUGGCCUCACCGAGGUCUCAGUACCUUCCCAGGGUCUGAACACUGCCUCCGGGCCUCCCCUGAGACCACGCUCACUGGUGGCUUCUUCAUUGCUGUGUUUGAACGGGCAGAGGCGGUGCCAGGCCCAGCUCCACAGGACAAAGCAGAGGCUCCAGAGCCUCUCAGCAAAGCCCCAAAGAGAAAGAGAAGACGCAAAGCUGCAGCUGGUACCAGCACACAGCCGAGCACGUAGCGGGCGCCGUGGGCCCUGCAGCCAGCAAAGGCUUCCUCACUGCGCGAACCCUGCUCUCUGGGAAGGGCAGAAGCCUGGCCCUGUGGGUCCCUCACUGGCAGGUCUAUCUACCACUUGAGUUCUUUGCUUCACAAAUAAAGGGCAGACUCGGUCUA